GGCAAGUGAUCCACAUGUCGUCCCCGAAGGCCCCGGAGGAUGGGCAAGGCGGUGGCGACCCCCCCGGGGACCUUCGCAGCGUCCUGGUCACCAGCGUGCUCAACCUCGAGCCGCUGGACGAAGAUCUCUUCAGAGGAAGGCAUUACUGGAUACCCACCACCAAGCGGCUGUUUGGGGGUCAGAUCAUAGGGCAGGCCCUGGUGGCCGCAGCCAAGUCAGUGAGUGAAGACGUUCAAGUGCAUUCCCUGCACUGCUAUUUCGUCCGGGCAGGGGACCCGAAGGUGCCUGUUUUGUACCAGGUGGAGCGGACGCGAACAGGGGCGAGCUUCUCCGUGCGAUCAGUGAAGGCUGUGCAGCAUGGCAGGCCCAUCUUCAUCUGCCAGGCCUCCUUCCAGCUGACCCAGCCCAGCCCCCUACAGCACCAGUUCUCCAUGCCCACUGUGCCCCCGCCGGAAGAGCUGCCUGACUAUGAGACCCUCAUUGACCAGUGCUUACGGGACCCUAACCUCCAAAAGAAGUACCGAGUGGUCCUGAACCGGAUUCCUGCCCGGAAUGUGCCCAUUGAGAUCAAGCUAAUAAACCCAUCCAGCCUGUGCCAGUUGGAGAACAUGGAGCCCAAACAGAUGUUCUGGGUGCGAGCCAAGGGCUAUAUUGGGGAGGGCGACAUCAAGAUGCACUGCUGCGUGGCUGCCUACAUCUCGGACUUUGCCUUUCUGGGCACGGCAUUGCUGCCCCACCAGCGUAAGCACUCGGUGCGCUUCAUGGUCUCCUUGGACCACUCCAUGUGGUUCCACGCCCCCUUCCGAGCCGACCACUGGAUGCUGUAUGAGUGCGAGAGCCCUUGGGCUGGUGGCUCCCGGGGGCUGGUCCGUGGGCAGCUGUGGCGUCGGGACGGGGUGCUGGCUAUAUCCUGUGCCCAGGAGGGCGUGUUCCGAGUGAAACCCCGGGUCACAGAGAGCAAGCUGUAGCCAGAGGUACCAGCUUGGCCUGGGGCUUCAGGAUCUCCCUUCUCCCCCAUUCCUGAGGCGAGGCAGGAAUUACAGUUGAGGGCCGGGCUUUGUCCCUCAUAUCCAAUAAAGAGACUACCACCACUGGA